AUGAACAAACACCAGGUGAUUUAUUCGAUCAGACCGUAUGUGGAAGGCUGCCGUUCACUGAUCACUGAUCACGCCAGCCUAAAGCGGUUGAUGACGAUGAAGGCUCUGUCCAUACGACUCGCAAGCCCCAAGACUAAAAGGCCACUUCAGAAGCUUUACAUUGAUUUUCUGGGCAAGUAUCCGAGGUCCAAGAGUGGGCACGCUUGCAUAAUCAUCGUGGUGGACAACUUCCCCAAGUACACCUUCUUAAAGGCGAUGAUGGAAGCGACGGGGACUAACGUAGUAAGUUUCUUGGUAAGCGAGGUAUUUUACAAGUUCGGAGUGUCUGAGGCGAUACACUUGGACAACGGUAAACUAUUCGUAUCCAAGGCGUUUGAGGAGAUGAUUGACGGCUUCGGUAUAGAACACCUGAACACUCCAGUAUAUUCACCAUAG